ACCACGAGGUGCGAGCACUGCAGAUGCCAAGCUAGGCAGCCAAGCCGGUCACAAAGCCAGGACAGGCAAAGCUAAGCAGUUUGGAGAGGAGACCAGCUGAUACUGUCUGAAAUCCGAAGGACCACAGGAAGAAGGCAUUAAUUCUUGAUAACCAGUCCACUACCACCAGUGACCAGCCAUGGCUUCCUCAAUGGUCCACUGCUCCGACAAGCUCCCGUUCAUGAACGUGGAGACGAUCCUCCACAUGAAAGAAGGCCUCGACGAGACCAGCUACGCGCAGAACUCUUCGCUUCAGAAGAGGGGCAUGGACACUCUGAAGAGCCUGAUCACCAACUCUGCCACGGACGUGUACCUUUCGCAGAUGCCGGAGAGGUUCACGGUGGCCGACCUCGGGUGCUCCUCGGGCCCGAACGCGCUGUGCCUGGUGGAGGACAUCAUCAGGAGCAUCGGCAAGGUAUGCCGCGGCUCGUCGACGCAGCCGCCGCCGGAGUUCUCGGUGCUCCUCAACGACCUCCCGACCAACGACUUCAACACCAUCUUCUUCAGCCUCCCGGAGUUCACCGACCGGCUCAAGUCGGCCGCCAGGUCCGACGAGUGGGGCCGGCCGAUGGUGUUCCUGUCCGGCGUCCCCGGGUCCUUCUACGGCAGGCUCUUCCCCCGGCAGAGCGUGCACUUCAUCUGCUCCUGCUCCAGCCUGCACUGGCUCUCCCAGGUCCCUCCGGGGCUCUUCGACCAGACCACGAACGCGCCGAUCAACAAGGGGAAGAUGUACAUAUCAGACACGAGCCCUUUCGCCGUCCAACUGGCCUAUUUUAGGCAGUUCCAGCGAGACUUCAGCCUGUUCCUAAAGUCGCGCGCCGCCGAGGUCCUCCCGGGCGGCAGGAUGGUUCUGGCCAUGCUGGGCCGGCAAAGCGAGAGCCGCGCCGACCGGAGGACGAACUUCCUGUGGGAGCUCCUGUCCGAGUCAUUCGCGGCACUCGUGUCAAAGGGGCUGGUUGGGCAGGACAAAGUGGACGCGUACAACGUGCCGUUCUACGCGCCGUCGCUGCGGGAGGUGGAGGAGGAAGUGCGUCGGGAAGGGUCCUUCGGAGUCGACCACGUGCAGGCGCAGGAGAUCAACCUGAGCAGCAGCGGCGACGCCAAGGAGGACGGCAGGACGGUGUCGAUGGCGAUCAGGGCCAUCCAGGAGUCCAUGCUGAGCCACCACUUCGGGCCGGACGUCGUGGACGCGCUGUUCCACGAGUACACCCAGCUCGUCACCGAGUCCAUGGAGAGGGAGGAGGUCAAGAGCGUCCAGAUUGGGGUGCUCGUCACCAGGUUGUGAGAUGAUCUGAGUCUGUCUUAGCUAGCGUGGAUUUAUUAAUGGUGCUGAUGGUUGACGCGUAGAAGGUAGCAGUGCGUGUAUAGCUUGACUCUGUUCUGUUCUUUGUUGUUGUUGUCGUCGUCGUCGUCGUCUUUGUUUUGUUGUUUCCAGUAUCAACUGGUGGAGUACUAACUAGUUUCAUGUGGCUUAACUGAUAGGAUUGGAAGAAUGAAAGCCAUAUUGGCAAGUGUAUUUCAGUUUAAAUGAAAAGCAUAUACAAUUCAAGUGAGUAUGGCUCAA